UAAAGAAGAAGAAUUAGUGGCGGCCCUUCCUUUAUUUAAGUUCUUUUCGUAAAUAUAUUGAUUUUCCAAUAUAAAUGGGAAAAGGAUAAUAGAUAAAGCUGCCAUUUUUUCUUGCUUCAGCUUCUCUACCACAUUGCCAGAUAAAGUGUUUUGUGGUAUAUUAGUGCGUGAAUAAUAUAAAAAACCCGAAAACCACGAGAAGAAAAAAAAAAAAAAAAUUGAUCUUUGAUCCCAUUCGAUCGAGAGGAGAUGAACGCACCACCACCAAAGACCAAUGCAUUGGAUAUUCCACUCCACACGAUCGGCUUUGAAAUCGAUUGCCUUUCGCCUCAAAAAGUUUCAGGCCACGUUUUAAUUUCUGAAAAGUGCUGUCAGCCGUUCAAGGUACUUCAUGGAGGUGUUUCGGCACUGAUAGCCGAGUCACUAGCAAGCAUUGGGGCCCACUUAGCUUCGGGCCUUCAGAGAGUGGCCGGCGUACACCUCAGCAUCAGUCACUUAAAGAGUGCAAAAUUAGGCGAUUUUGUUGUUGCCGAAGCUAAGCCUGUGAACAUUGGGAAAAGUAUUCAGGUUUGGGAAGUGAACUUAUCGAAGUCCGAUUCUUCAAACUCUGAGACCAAAACGUUAAUUUCAUCAUCAAGAGUUACUCUUCUUUGUAACUUGCCUGUGCCCGAGUCACUCAAGACUGCUGCUCAAGGUCUCAAAAAGUACGCGAAACUCUAAAUAAGCUAAAAACUGUUUUCUUUUGUAUUGCUAAAACUACUUUUGAUGUAAAUAAAAGACAAAAGGGAAUGAAAAUGAGCCCUUUGCAGCUAUAGCAAUUAUCACAGUACCCAAUUUGCAGAAUCUAUGUUUGGCACAAUUUAUUAUUGCUCAGAUGAUUAAUAAAUGUAAUUAAUAAAUGUAUAUUUGAUGACAAUUAUCAGUCGAUUGUUCUCUAUCCAUCUAGCUAUAUUGUAAAUUAAAAAGAAAAAAAAAC